AUGGAAAACUACCUCUGUAUUGAUGUGACUAGGAAAAGGUCACUCAUGAUUGAUAGGCAGUUAAACAAGCCGCAAACAGGGUAUCAAGGUCACAGUGUUUCAAUCGCAGGGAUUGUUGUUCAUUUACUUUUGUACUUUGCAAUCGUAAGAGUUGAGGGUGUAAAGAUCAUAAACACGAAAACCAGUUCAAACACAAUAAGUAACGCUCCUGGACUUGAGUUUAGAGAAGGAAAUACUUGGAAGAUCAGUCAGGGAGGAAUUAUGAAUAAACCCUUUAAUGCUAUUCAAAAGGUAUACAAGCACUGUACAAUAAAUUCUAAUCAACCGGGCGUAUUCAACAGAAUAAAUGCCCAAAAUUUUAAUUCUAUGAGAGCUGGUGUAAUGUCUUUUAUCAAUCUUCAUGGACAUAACAAUGAAAGUCGUAUUCUCAGAAAGAAUGACUUAAAUAAAAAUUUGAAAGAUGAAGCUAAUCUAUACGAUGCGGCCUUUGAGGCUCGCUAUUUAAAGUCUCUUUUUAAAGCACACUCAUUUUUAAACCCUAGUGGAUCGUAUGCAGCAGGAACGUCUAUUGCAACAUGUGAUCCUACAACAUCUGAAUACAAUACCUUUGUAUCGCAUCAUUAUCGGAUUAUGACCGAAGACAUUGUAGAAUAUUUGAGAAGAAAAAAGAUUGAAUAUAUGGAAACGCCCUUAAAAUUUACACUAAAGUUUUGUCCAUUCUGUCCCCCUCAUAGAUUUAAAUCGGAUAACCUUUAUAAACAUGAAAUAUUUAAAAAUUCCGGAAAUUCCUACUGUCACAGAUGUGGCUACAAGGGGAGUUUGUUCGAUUUUAAGGCACAUAUGGGCGACUUACCUGGUGGCUUGAUAAAUGAUGCCAAUGAUCCUUCCAUGGGACCAUUUGGGGUUUCUCAAACAUCAAACGAGCCCGCAAUAACAAUGGUAAAUAUUACACAUUAUGAGAAUAAUCUUUACAACAAUGAAGAUUAUAAAUGUGUUCUCGAGUAUCUAACACAAACCCGUGGAAUAUCGAUAAACGUUUUGAAAAAAUAUAGAGUUGGUGCAGGAGAAUUUAAAUUUAGCCGCGCGGGUUCUGGCUCAGAUUUAGAGAAAUGUGUGGUGUUCCCAUGGUUAAUGGCGCGGUCCUUUAAUGACAAGGCUGAAAUUGUUGUUAAUAGAAUAAAGGUGCGUAGUAUUUAUGACAAAUCAAAAAUGAAGAUACUGCCAAAAGGAGGCAGAUGGGGAAUGUUUGGUGAACAUUUGCUCUAUGAUAUAUUCAAUGACCCAAAAAAUGGUGGAAAGUCCUCCCAAAAAACAGUUGUGCUGGCGGAGGGAGAAUUUGAUGCAAUGAGUAUCUACCAAGAGACAGGACAGCCAUCUCUGUCAUUGCCAAACGGAUCAAACUCCUUACCUGUCGCACUUUUGCCUCGCUUGGAAAAUUUGGAUCACAUUUACUUGUGGAUGGAUUUUGAUGCUGCAGGGCAAAGUGGAAUAACUCACUUUGCAAAUAAGCUGGGAAUGCAAAGAACAAAGAUUGUUCGCGAUAUUUCAGAAAAGGUAAACCCAGAAGACGAGCAAGAAAGGGGAGCAAAGGAUGCAAAUGAAUGUUUACUGAAAGGUUUAAAAAUAGCUCCUUAUCUGGAAAAUGCUUCACCACUAGUUCAUUCUCAGAUCCUAAAUUUUAAUGAUAUAAGGCAGUCUGUUUUUGAUGAACUUUCUAAUCCAAAAGCUACAAGUGGUGUUGAAAGUUUGACACUUCCUGGUUUAUCUCAGUUGCUAAAGGGCCACAGGAGAGGUGAGCUGAGCGUAUGGACAGGAUCUACUGGAUCUGGAAAGACAACUCUCCUAUCCCAACUAUCUCUAGACUAUUGUGUUCAAGGAGUAAGCACUCUUUGGGGUUCCUUUGAAAUUAAUAAUGUAAGACUUGCUAAAACUAUGCUUAGACAGUUUAGUGGGAAAAAUUUGGAAACUUCCAUCGAAGAAUUCAACUAUUAUGCUGACAAGUUUUCAGAAUUGCCACUUAGAUUUAUGAAAUUCCAUGGAUCUACUUCCAUUGACCAAGUCAUAGAUGCUAUGGACUAUGCUGUCUAUGUUUACGAUGUUAGACACAUUAUAAUUGAUAAUUUACAGUUUAUGUUAAGUGGUCAAAACAGCAAACCAGGUGAACUUUGGGACUUGCAGAAUAGUGCAAUUGAAAAAUUUAGAAGGUUUGCAACGCAUAAAAAUGUCCACGUUUCUCUGGUCGUACAUCCAAGGAAGGAGGCAGAUGGAAUACCUUUAGGGCUUUCAAGUGUAUUUGGGUCUGUAAAAUCAACACAAGAGGCCGAUAAUGUUCUUAUUCUCCAGAAUGUAGUCGGUGAAAACAGGUGUAUUGAUGUUAAAAAGAACAGAUUUGCGGGAAGGUUGGGAAGGGUAACAUUUCUCUUUGAUCCAGUAAGUCUCACUGCAGAAGAGAUCAAAUCUUCCGAAUUCACCACACCCUUUCCACCAGGAAAGGCUCGUCAAAGUCAAAAUAAUGUUAAAGCCUUUGAAAAUCCUAGUGUUGAAAUCCCGCAGAACAUUAGGCCCUUGAUGACUCUUGGUAAUUUCAUGUCUAAUAACCAAAAUAUAGAUCAAUAUGAUGAUAUCGCUAGGAAGCUUUCUACAAUGACAAAUAGAGCUAUAUCUUCUUACAGGCUGAAUAGUACAUCAAAUACACAUGUAUCUAAUGAAUCAACAGAUGUAGAGCCUAAAGAUUGGAGAAACUUGGAGAGUGUAGAAAUUGAUGAUGAUUCUGGAACCCAAAUCCGUAUGCCUGAAAAGGAAUAUACAGAAGAUUUUCUUGUCUCAACAAUAGAAAAUACGCCAGAUGUGUCUCAAGAUCUACUCAAUAAACAUGAUGAAAUUUCCUCUAGUAGUUCAGCUACUCCAACCAGAAAGAGAAGUAGAAAAAAGGCUGAAGUUGAACAAGUGUAUUAUGAUGACGAAGAGCGUAUAGUAAUGAGAGGUAUUACUGUAACAAAGAGUUCGAGUAUGAAGGAGUAUAGAGAAUUUAUCAAGGUAAAUAGGCUGAGUGAAUUGAUCAAGACAGCAGGAAAGGGUGUUUCUAGAAAUGAUAUUUAUGAUAGUAUACGUUCUAACGUCCCUUCCGCUUGUAUAAUAAAGAGUACUUCUAAAAGCGAACCCUCUGUAGCUACGCAGGGUACCAUAGGGGACUUUGGAGUCUCAACAAUGAGACCUAUAUUAAAUCUUAGGAACAAAGAUGUUAAAAUUGUUAGGGACUUGGAAAAUUUUGAAAAACGACAAUUAUAUAAGGUUUCACUCGUUUCAAAGAACUCUGUGAUGGAGGAAAAUCCAAAACAUAUUGACACCAUUAACCUCCCCGUAUAUAUGGCUAGCGAAGCUGACCCAUUACUCUCUAAUGGUAUCAUUUAUGUCAAGAAUGAGCAUCUCCUGAAUCAGCUCUGGCCUCUUUUCAAAGAUGUACCUCUAUGUGCAGUUGAUAUUGAGUCUACGGGUCUUGAUUUUAGAAACGACAGUAUAAGACUAAUUCAACUGUCCACUCCCGAUCAACCUUCUGUUAUCCUUGAUCUUUUUAGCCUUGGGAAAGAUGUUCUUUUGAGAUGCAAGUGGCUUAAAGAUUUAUUCGCUGCGAAAAAUACUGUACAUGUAUUCCACAACGGAAAGUUUGACAUAAACUUUUUGAAAGCCUAUGGAUUUGAAAUGUCACCAAAUAUAUUUGAUACCAUGAUUGCCGCAAAGUUGCUCUCAGCUUCAAGAUAUAAUAUUAGUUGCAAACUGGGAAGUGUUGCAGAAAGGUAUUAUAACUUGGUCUUGGACAAGUCACAACAAUUUUCUGACUGGAGUCUGGUACCACUCUUUGAAGAGCAAAUCCUUUAUGCUUCUCGUGAUGCUAAUGUCCUUUUGCCACUUUAUGUCAUUCUCAAGGAAAAGCUUCAUAAGGAGAAAUUAGAUCAGAUAUCCAACAUUGAAUUUAAGUGUAUUCUGGCCGUUUCUGAGAUGGAAUCGAAUGGAAUGAAAGUGGACACUGAAAAACUUCAUAAACUUCAGCAAGAACUUAACGCAGAACAUAGAAAUGCAGUAAAAAAAUUAGGAGCCGCACUGAACGUAUCCGGUGAUUCAAACUUUAAUUUUAAUUCUCAAAAGCAACUCCUAAAUGCUCUUCAAAGUAUGGGAGUUAUAGAUCGAUCAAAACGUACACUUAUACAAAAUACCUCAGAACAGACACUCUCUAGGAAUACAAACCAUCCUGCAAUAUCUGCAUUGAGAGAAUAUCGCAAAAUAAACAAAGCAAUCACUGCCUUUACACUCAAACUGCCAAAUCAUAUAUGUAAAGAAACUGGAAGAAUAUAUCCCAACUUCAAUCAGUGCGGGGCAGAAAGUGGAAGGUUUAGUUGUGACAAUCCAAAUUUACAACAGAUACCGCGAGACAAAAAGUUUAGAGAGUGCUUUGUAGCAUCUGAGGGACAUAAAUUCGUUAUAGCAGAUUUCUCACAAAUCGAGCUUAGAAUCGCAGCAGAUAUCGCAAAGGAUCAAAAAAUGAUUGAAGCAUAUAAUAAGGGAACAGAUCUACAUUCUCUCACGGCGAGUCUAAUUAAAGGUAAACCAAUAUCCGAGGUGACAAAGGACGAAAGGCAACUUGCAAAGGCUGUAAACUUCGGACUAAUCUUCGGAAUGUCCCUGACAGGAUUCAGAAUGUAUGCUGAAACUGGUUAUAAUGUGAAAUUGUCUAUAAAUGAAGCAAGGGAGAUUUAUUUCUCAUUCUUUAAUAACUUCAAGGGAAUUACAGAUUGGCACAAUAGGGUCAAGGCAAAUCGUCCAACCGAAGUUAGAACUCUGAGCAACAGGUUAUCAAUUUUCGAUUCAUUCUCCUUCACAAGGUCACUAAACUACCCUGUGCAAGGGACAUCAGCCGACAUUACAAAAGAAACUAUGGUCCAGCUCGUGGACAAGGUGAAGGAAAUUAACGCAAAGAUUGUAAUGUGUAUUCACGAUGAAAUCAUCAUGGAAGUCCCAGAGGAGAAAGCAGAUAAAGGCCUAGAAAUGCUCAUUGAAACUAUGCAAAAUGCAGGAAAGAAAUUCUUAAAACAUGUUCCCUGUGAGGCCGUUGGCGCCAUAGGUAACAGUUGGGCCGAUAAGUCCUAG